AUGACUGCAUCUAAUGCGAACGAGUCAAGUUGGAGUUGUUAUUGCGCAACAGAAAUUCUCCCAGGCGCUUGUUUGGGUGAUUUUUUCUCAGUCAAUUGGAUGGAUGAUUCUGACAGCGAAAAUUUACUGCAAGAAACAUUAGCUGAACAAUUCGAAAUAGUGAGGAAUAAAACAGAUAGGAGUCAUGUUUUAAGCAUUGGAAGUUUGAAUAUUAAACAUGAACAUGUCUCUGAGUUUAUGGGAUCGAAGGAACCCAAUGAAAUGGGAGAAAAUAUGAUGAGUAAAUCCAACCCUGAGGAUUACCCCAUGUAUCCGCAGACGUAUUUAAUUAAAAUUUAA